AUGAGUCAACAAUUAUCAAAUUUAACUAGCAUACGUUCUUUACUGUUUUAUAAUGAUAUAAAAGAAACCGUUAACCACCUUGAUAUAAAUAUAACAGCAACAACAACAACACCUAAAGUGAAAAAAUCCAGUGAACUCGUUACGUGUGCAUCGGAUACAUGCUAUAAUUUAUCAUCAACCAUUUUAUCAAUGAUAAAUAAAGAUGCGGAUCCUUGUCGAGAUUUUUAUGAAUACAGUUGUGGAAAUUAUCAAACAAGUGAUUCACAAAAGUUUUUCGACACAGCACAAAAAAAGUUACGUUCUCAGCUCAUUGAUUUAUUUGAAAAUUAUGAUCGACACCAUUAUCAGCAGCCACAACAAGAACAAUAUGAAAAGACCGAAAAAUUUAGAAAUAUCGAUUACUUCAAACAACAUCGACAUGAAACUAGCAGUUUUAUUAAUGAUCGAUCUCAAGAUAAAAAUGACAUGGAAAACUAUGAACAAAACAUUAAUGAUAAUGACUAUGAAACGGAAGGAACAUUCGAUAGUACAAAUAAGGAUGACAAACAUUUUCGUCAAUUUAAACAUCCAUCAAAUGAUAUUAUUAAAAAAAUUCUUGAAGCUCCUCAUCUAUUAUUUCGAUCCUGUAUGAAUGAACGAUAUAUUGAAGAAUUAGAUAUCACACCAUUAUUGAUUGUUAUGCAAGAUAGAAAACUACAUAAAUGGCCAAUUGAUCGAAAUGAAAAUCUCACAAAUUAUUCUUACCUUCAUAUGGCUACAUUACCAUUUUUUCUCGAUUAUUCACCAUUGAUCAAUGUAGAAAUUGGCACAUCAAGUCACGAUUGUCAGAAACGAAUUAUAACUGUUCAACAUGGUGAUUCAUUUUUGCCUGUUCAAUAUCAUUUGUCAUCAAAUGAUAAUCAAACAAAAAGAUUUUAUCAUGCAUAUCAUAAUUUAAUCAUAGAUAUUCUGAAAGAGUUUGGUUUGAAUAACGCCCAAAAACGCAUAAGUGUCACUGAUGAAAUAAUGAAAUUCGAGAAAAUUAUAGCUAAACUUAUUCAUCAAACAUCAUAUCGAUAUCCAAUUAUUGUAAAUGAUACAAACAUACAAUUAAAUUAUACAAAUCGACCAAUGUCAGUUCAUAAUGUGACUAGUACACAUGAAAUUAUACUAAACGAUAGUAAUUAUACCAUUCUCAAAGAUGACUCAAAUAACAUUAGUAGUAAGAAUGCAAAAAAGUUAACAAAAUUUGAACAUGUCAUGGAAUUCUGA